AUGGUAGCAAAAUCAGAACUUCUUGGCGUGGUACCUGCGCGACCCAAUUUUUUGGAGCGCAUGGUUAAAUCAAUCGCGUGCGACAAUCGGACGCUCUUAGCUUCCGAUGUUUUAAGCAUUUGCGUUACUCACCGUACGUAUACUGAUUGUUUAGCGCAUUUAUGACACAUUAAACAUUGCCUGAUGGGCUAUCAGAACUGCGCUAAGUGUCAAGUCUGUACGGGCUAGCCUCCUACGCACACGUUCUCAGGAGAUUCUUCACGCGUAGGCAUGUCCGUAAUAGAUGUAUUUUUUCUUUUCUCGGGUCAUCCGAGCCACGCGAAGGUUCAGCCAUUUGCAAGGCAAAGGCAAUACCUUCAUUUCUCAGUUAUUUUUAAGACCCUGAGCACUGGUCCGGUACCGGGAAUGACGAGAAUCGAACCCGCGACCUCCCGCUCUGCAGUCAAGCGCUCUACCGAGUGCGCUAAUCCUGCCGCGGUUGAAAUUUGCCAGUGACAGCAUGCUCAGGGUGUGUGCGUGGGAAGGGGAUGGGUGGGUCUACUAACUCUUUGCCGGGCGAUGUUGGUGGUUGCCGGUUGGGUGAGACACAACCCUCUAUUUUCAUUUCAGUUGCAAAUAGCACUGCUCAGAGUAACAAGAGUGACAAACAGCAAUAUCUCCGUUUUUCUCCAAAAUGCGUCCACACGUGAGAGCACGUAGAGGUAGUUUUGACGUCACAGUUGUGUGUUACUUUGCCUAGUCCCUCUCGGGCAAUGCAUUUCGGUGACGUAUCCGAGACGAACGGCCGGGAGACGCCUAGACAAUCUCGGAGUGCGCAUGCGUGAGCAUUUUUGCAUUUUUGAAAAGUUCACACGUUCAACUGAAAUAAUCUAAAUAACUUUGCGCGUGAAUAUCCUUCGCUGGAUCGGCAAUAUUGAUUGACACUGUUUAACUACAAUAUUCACUUCAACAUGCAAGACAAGCUAAAUACAAUACACCAGUUAUAAUACUGAGAAAUUUAAUAACACUAGUGUUACUUGCAGUGGUUCAGAAAUCCAUAUAAGGAGGUUUGAUCAGUUGAAAUUAUCAAGGAUGGGUUGCUAUCUUAUGUAGCAGAUACCUAUAUAUAUUCAAACAAAAUAUUAUGUUGGUCGUGUCCUUUCUAUUUCCAAGAAUUUCAUUUUCAAAAGAUUCAUAUGACUGACUACUUUAAAACACUCCAUGGACUGCAAAAUUCUGUUUAUUUAUCCGAACAUUGCAAAAUCAAAAGCCUUAAAUAACUCAUUAAACAAAUCGCCUACCAUAAGUACGCACUGCCCUCAACCUGGCACAUAAAACCAUUCAAGAACCUGAAAAAAUAUAUAUUUUAAUAAGAAUGGCCAGUAACUGUGUACUAACUGAACGCUUAAAAAAGGCCAAAUUAAUCUUAAUUGCUAAUUUUUUUAAGAGAGACAUAUAUAAUUAAGGAAGUAAUUAUACAAUUAUGUAUGUGCGGUGGACAUGGUUGAGAUAGAAGGCAAAAGGCAAAAGGCAAAGGGCAAAAGGCAAAGGUUUCCAGAUAUUGCAGAAGGAAUGAAACUCCUUGACAACAAAAGGAGAAUUAGCUCAACAUCGAUGCCGACCAAAUUAACAAUAAUGAUAACAAUAUUAUUGAACAACUGUUUUUCUUAGUCUGCCCUUGUGGAAACUUAUAUAACCACACACCUUAUCUGCAACUGGGACUGUGUUAAAAAACAAUGUAGUGGGGAAGUCUCUGAAUGACAUAGACAUUCAGGGUGGAGAGAUCUGGAGCAAAUUUAGAGGGAAAUUCAACAAAACAGACCUUCUAGUCACACCAACUAUACAGAAUUGGGGUGAGUUAGCAAACAAAGAGCUUAAAUAGGCAGGUGAUCACCCUCGAUAAAUAACUAGUCUGGGUGAUAAAGUUUAAAAAAAAAAUGCCAUUUUGUUUCCUUAAGAAAAGAUGGAACAAAGUGAAUUACAUUUCUAGUAACAUUAUAAAAAACAAGAACAUUUUUCAUUUUCAAUACACGGCUGCAUGUGCAGCAAAAGCAGACCACAGGUUCAAAUAUCUGACAAAGUUUAAGGACCAAAGCUAAAUCCUCUGACUAUUUACUGAAGAAGACAUUUUAGAAACAUAACAAAAGGAUUCAAGGUGCUAUUAUAUAUUCAUCCUUAAACUACUUAUUUUUUAUGGGUAACCCUUAUUCAGAUUUAAACAGUAAACCCACUUAAGGAAAAUUGUCUCGCUGACUUUAAGUAUGCACCAGUUUCUAUACAUUAUUUGUUUAAGUUUCCUAUGACUUUUUCCUUGAGCAAAACAUUUUUUGUAUGGCUUAAAGACAACCCUCGCAAAUUGUUACAGGCAACAAGGCAAGAAGUGAAUUCAGCUUCCAUUAUACGACAACAAAAGAACAAAAAAACAACUGAUUACAAGAGGUUUGGCAGCUUAGAACAAACAAAUCCAUGACACUUUUUUAACUACACUGCAUUUAUUAUUAUGCCUGGCAUAGGAGGUUAACUCUACAAUGUUAAACCUACGAUCGCCAAGGCAAACAGUGAUCAAACAACAAGUAGAAAAUAUGCCUGGCAAAAGAGGUUAACAUUACAAGUUAUUUCUCGAAAGCCAUUCGGCGAGAGAAAGCAUUAAUUAUUAGAAAACAAUACUACCCAUAUAAGGGGAAAAACAACUACAAAAACUGGGUUUAUGACAAAAAGGAUUCCUGUUUUAACUGUCCCAAGCUGUAUCCUAAGAUAGGACAUCAAGCACAAAUUAAAUGCCCAAAAGUUGCCUUAGCAAAAAUGAAAUCAGAUAAGGUGACAAUUAUUGCUGAAAGAAAUGAUGAUCUCAUCUGCAAGUAUGGAAGCAUUAUUGCAGAAAGACAUGGGCAAGACAACCUUCACCUGGUGUCACAAGGGAUUCGACAGCUUUCAAGGCUGCUGAUACUGCUCAGAACCAACAACUCCAUGGGGAUUCACCUCAAAGACUUUCUAAAGCCAGAGUAUUUUGACCACAUUGUGGCUUCAGUUAAGACCCUUUGCAACUUUCAGGAAUCAUCAGCAAAGUCAGUCAGAAUAACAUUCCUUGCACUGAAGUUAGGCCAUGCCAUAAAUAAGUGCAUCACCAUCCAAAGAGGUAAGGCUUUGAGAGAAAAAGACCAGGUGCUGCUACAAGACAUGGACAAUCUCGAAAAGCUUAUGGGAUCUUAAUGGAAUGAUAGCAUUUCAUAUCACUUACUAGGAACACUCUACAAGAGGAAAUUUAACAAGCCAGAUCUGCUUCCAGUUACAGAAGACUUGGAGGUGUCGAGAAAGCAUCUCCUUCAAAAAAUUGUCACUUGUACAGAGACCUUAAACGCUGCACCAACAAUACAGAAUUGGAGUGAGUUAGCUGAAACAACCAUUUGUCGGGUGAUAACACUCAAUAAACGACGAGGUGGUGAAGCUUCAAAGACGCUGUUGAGUUCAUUUGUAGAAAGGCCAGACUGGAAGAAAACAGCAACAAAAGGAAUUGAAGAUUGUCUAGAGCCAAUUGAGAAGGAACUGUGUAAGAGGUAUAAAGUACAUGUAAUAACACAUUCAGUCAUUUCACUAUCAAUACACACACAAAAAAAUUGCAGACAUCUUGGAAUACAUGCACUGUGAUAUAAGAUACACUUCCAAAUCUAUCACCAGACGCUAGGCCAGAAACAUAACAAAAGAACAGCGCUUUAUGUACCAGUACAAAACAACUAUUUUCGCCCUUGAAUUACUAUAAGUAACCUUAGCUUUUUUUAUUUAAAACUAAUUUUGCUGAGGGAAAAUUAUCACACUGACUAAAAGUUUUCUCCAGUUUGAAUAUAUCAUUUGUUUAAGUUUGCUGUUAUAGUAAGACUUUUUCCUUGAGCAAAACAUUUUUUUGGCAUAACUUAAAGACCACCCUCGCAAACAGUUGCAGGCAUCAAAGGUAGCUGUGAAUUCCAAAAUUAAAUUAGCCUUGAAAAUAUUCUCAUUAUUAAACAGAUCACCUGCCUUGUUAGUUUGAAUAUGCACUGCUCUCAACUCAGUCAGAGCCACAUACAACCAUUUAAGUUACUUUUGUUAAGCAUGGCCUGUAUAUUAACUAAAUACUUCAAAACAAAAGGCCACCUUCAUGUUUGCUACUUUUUUAAAGAGAGACAUUAUUAAAAUUGUGCAAUUAUGUAAUAUGCUAUAUAUGUGUGGUGGACAUGGUUGACAUAGAAAGCAAAAGGGGACAUAAGGUCUCAGUGCUGUUAACGCCUGAUAUUAAAGGAGCAAUGGACAUCUUAGUCAAGAAAAGACAAGAGGCCAACAUCAAUACAAACAACAAGUUUUUCUUUGCCCGCCCGUCUGAAGACUCAUUGAAUCACAUUCGCCACUGGGACUGCCUGAGAAAACAAUGUACUGGGCUUAAAUUAAAAGAACCUGAUUUGAUAACAAGAACCCACCUAAGAAAGUAUGUUGCGACGGUUUCCCAAGUGUUAGACCUCCAAGAAAAAGAGUUAGAUUGGCUGGCAAGACACAUGGGACACGAUGUCAGAGUACACAGGGAAUAUUAUAGACUCCACGAGUCAACCCUGGAGCUAACUAAAGUCAGCAAAAUAUUGGCACUAGUGGACUGCCUGAGAAAACAAUGUACUGGGCUUAAAUUGGCACUAAUGGAUGACGAAAACAUCAGUCAAGCCAUUGGGAAAUCUCUAAAUGACAUUGACGUUCUGGGUGGCAAGAAAGAGCAAAUUUAGAGGGAAAUUCAUGACCAACAAAACAGUCAUCUUUUACCAGGCACACUAACUAUACAAAAACACAACAAAAGAACAGCACUUUAUGUACCAGUCCAAAACGAACUAUUUUCACCACUGAACUACUUAUAUAAGUAAUUAUAUAAGUAACCUUUUUUCUGAUUUAAAAACUAAUUCCGCUGAGGAAAAAUUAUCACACCGACUAAACUUUUUCUCCAGUUUGCAUAUAUUAUUUGUUUAAGUGUUCUGUUAUAGUAAGACUUUUUCCUUGAGCAAAACAUUUUUUUGUAUGGCUUAAAGACAACCCUCGCAAAUUGUUGCAGGCAACAAGGCAAGAAGUGAAUUCAGCUUCCAUUAUAACAAAAAAAAAGAACAAAAAAAACUGAUUACAAGAGGUUUGGCAGCUUAGAACAAACAAAUCCAUGACACUUUUUUAACUACACUGCAUUUAUUAUUAUGCCUGGCAUAGGAGGUUAACUCUACAAUGUUAAACCUUUGAUCACCAAGGCAAACAGUGAUAAAACAACAAGUAGAAAAUAUGCCUGGCAAAAGAGGUUAACAUUACAAGUUAUUUCUCGAAAGCCAUUCGGCGAACAGAAAGCAUUAAUAUUAUUAUUAGAAAACAAUACUACACAUAUAAGGGGAAAAACAACCACAAAAACUGGGUUUAUGACAAAAAGGAUUCCCGUUUUAACUGUCCCAAGCUGUAUCCUAAGAUAGGACAUUAAGCACAAAGUCAGUGCCUAAAAGUUGCCCUAGCAAAAAUGAAAUCAGAUAAGGUAACAAUAUUAUUGCUGCAAGAAAUGAUGAUCUCAUCUGCAAGUAUGGUAGCAUCAUUGCAGAGAGACAUGGGCAAGACAACCUUCAACUGGUGUCACAAGGGAUUCGGCACCUUUCAAGGCUGCUGAUACAGCUCAGAACCAACAACUCUAUGGGGAUUCACCUCAAAGACUUUCUAAAGCCAGAGUAUUUUGACCACAUUGUGGCUUCAGUUAAGACCCUUUGCAACUUUGAGGAAUCAUCAGCAAAGUCAGUCGGAAUACCAUCCCUUGUACUGAAGUUAGGCCAUGCCAUAAAUAAGUGCAUCACCAUCCAAAGAGGUAAGGCUUUGAGAGAAAAAGACCAGGUGCUGCUACAAGACAUGGACAAUCUCGAAAAGCUUAUGGGAUCUGAAUGGAGUGAUACCAUUUCAUAUCACUCACUAGGAACACUCUACAAGAGGAAAUUUAACAAGCCAGAUCUGCUUCCAGUUACAGAAGACUUGGAGGUGUUGAGAAAGCAUCUCCUUCAAAAGAUUGUCACUUGUACAGAGACCUUAAAAGCUGCACCAACAAUACAGAAUUGGAGUGAGUUAGCUGAAACAACCCUUUAUCGGGUGAUAACAUUCAAUAAACGACGAGGCGGUGAAGUUUCAAAGAUGCUGUUGAGUUCAUUUGUAGAAAGGCCAGACUGGAAGAAAACAGCAACAAAAGGAAUUGAAGAUUGUCAGCUUUGAUUUUGAAAGUACAGUGUGUUUGUUGCCACAGUUUCCCAAGUUAUAGAUUAAUUGGCUAGUGAGACACAUGAGACAUGAUAUUAUGCUAGUGCACAGAGAACAAUUUGUAAACUCCAUAAAAUGACCCUGGAGAUGGCAAAAGUAUGAAAAAUUUUGAGAAUUAGUGGAUUGGGGUGAAAACUCUGAAGCCACUGUUUAAGGACAAAAGCUAAUUAUAAAUUCUCUAGGUAUGAUGACUACAUUGGAAGGAUAACAAAAGAAAGGCACUUUAUCUACCAGUCCCAAAAAAAUAUUUUCACCGUUGAACUACUCAUAUAUUAAGUAAUUAUAUAAGUAACUUUUUUUCUGAUUUAAAAACUAAUUUCGCUCAGGAAAAAUCAUCACACCGACUAAACGUUUUCUCCAGUUUGCAUAUAUUAUUUGUUUAAGUGUUCUGUUAUAGUAAGACUUUUUCCUUGAGCAAAACAUUUUUUUUUGCACAACUUAAAGACAACCCUCACAAAUAGAUGCUGAAUUCACAGCUAGCAUUGAUGCCUGCACUUAUUUAAUACCACAAAAAAUGUAAAAAUAAACCUCCACCUUAAUAGUCCCAAGGGAUUUGGCAGCUUACAACAAACAAAUCCAUGUCACUUUUCAACUACACUACAUUCAUUAUUAUGCCUGGCAUAGGAGGUUAACUCUACAAUGUUAAACCUACGAUCGCCAAGGCAAACAGUGAUCAAACAACAAGUAGAAAAUAUGCCUGGCAAAAGAGGUUAACAUUACAAGUUAUUUCUCGAAAGCCAUUCGGUGAACAGAAAGCAUUAAUUAUUAGAAAACAAUACUACACGUAACAGGGAAAGAAAACUACAAAAACUGGGUUUAUGACAAAAAAGAUUCCUGUUUUAACUGUCCCAAGCUGUAUCCUAAGAUAGGACAUCAAGCACAAAGUCAGUGCCUAAAAGUGGCCCUAGCAAAAAUGAAAUCCGAUGAGGUGACAAUUAUUGCUGCAAGAAAUGAUGAUCUCAUCUGCAAGUAUGGUAGCAUCAUUGCAGAGAGACAUGGGCAAGACAACCUUCAAGUGGUGUCACAAGGGAUUCGACAGCUUUCAAGGCUGCUGAUACAGCUCAGAACCAACAACUCCAAGGGGAUUCACCUCAAAGACUUUCUAAAGCCAGAGUAUUUUGACCACAUUGUGGCUUCAGUUAAGACUCUUUGCAACUUUGAGGAAUCAUCAGCACAGUCAGUCGGAAUACCAUCCCUUGCACUGAAGUUAGGCCAUGCCAUAAAUAAGUGCAUCACCAUCCAAAGAGGUAAGGCUUUGAGAGAAAAAGACCAGGUGCUGCUACCAGACAUGGACAAUCUCGAAAAGCUUAUGGGAUCUGAAUGGAGUGAUACCAUUUCAUAUCACUCACUAGGAACACUCUACAAGAGGAAAUUUAACAAGCCAGAUCUGCUUCCAGUUACAGAAGACUUGGAGGUGUUGAGAAAGCAUCUCCUUCAAAAGAUUGUCACUUGUACAGAGACCUUAAAAGCUGCACCAACAAUACAGAAUUGGAGUGAGUUAGCUGAAACAACCCUUUGUCGGGUGAUAACAUUCAAUAAACGACGAGGCGGUGAAGUUUCAAAGAUGCUGUUGAGUUCAUUUGUAGAAAGGCCAGACUGGAAGAAAACAGCAACAAAAGGACUGGGAAUUGAAGAUUGUCUAGAGCCAAUUGAGAACGAACUGUAUAAGAGGUAUAAAGUACAUGUAAUAACACACUCCGUCAUUUCACUAUCAAUACACACACAAAAAAAUUGCAGACAUCUUGGAAUACAUGCACCGUGAUAUAAGAUACACUUCCAAAUCUAUCACCAGACGCUAGACCAGAAACAUAACAAAAGAACAGCACUUAAUGUACCAGUACAAAACAACUAUUUUCCCCCUUGAAUUACUAUAAGUAACCUUAGCUUUUUUUAUUUAAAACUAAUUUUGCUAAGGGAAAAUUAUCACACUGACUAAAAGUUUUCUCCAGUCUGCAUAUAUUAUUUGUUUAAGUUUGCUGUUAUAGUAAGACUUUUUCCUUGAGCAAAACAUUUUGUUUUGCAUAACUUAAAGACCACCCUCACAAAUAGUUGCAGGCAUCAAGGGUAGCUGUUCAAAAUUAAAUUAGCCUUGAAAAUAAUCUCAUUAUUAAACAGAUCACCUGCCUUGUUAGUUUGAAUAUGCACUGCUCUCAACUCAGUCAGGGCCACAUACAACCAUUUAAGUUACUUUUGUUAAGCAUGGCCUGUAUAUUAACUAAAUACUUCAAAACAAAAGGCCACCUUCAUGUUUGCUACUUUUUUAAAGAGAGACAUUAUUAAAAUUGUGCAAUUAUGUAAUAUGCUAUAUAUGUGUGGUGGACAUGGUUGACAUAGAAAGCAAAAGGGGACAUAAGGUCUCAGUGCUGUUAACGCCUGAUAUUAAAGGAGCAAUGGACAUCUUAGUCAAGAAAAGACAAGAGGCCAACAUCAAUACAAACAAAACGUUUUUCUUUGCCCGCCCGUCUGAAGACUCAUUGAAUCACAUUUGCCACUGGGACUGCCUGAGAAAACAAUGUACUGGGCUUAAAUUAAAAGAACCUGAUUUGAUAACAAGUACCCACCUUAGAAAGUAUGUUGCGACGGUUUCCCAAGUGUUAGACCUCCAAGAAAAAGAGUUAGAUUGGCUGGCAAGACACAUGGGACAUGAUGUCAGAGUACACAGGGAAUAUUAUGGACUCCACGAGUCAACCCUGGUGCUAGCUAAAGUCAGCAAAAUAUUGGCACUAGUGGACUGCCUGAGAAAACAAUGUACUGGGCUUAAAUUGGCACUAAUGGAUGAU